UAUUAUUAUUAUUAUUUUUAGCAAAUAUUGAACUUAAAAACGUGUAUUUUUAAUAAAUAUAUACAUGUAAUAAUAUGUAUUCAUAAAUAUAGUCCUAUAUUAGUCUUUAUCCUCAAAUAGUUUAUCUCAAACACCCCUACCACAAGUCUCAACGUGACACUUCCUUGUUUUUCGAAAAGUUUUAUUUGGUAGUAGUUGGCUAUCUAUGGCUAGCACAAUUUGACAUGGGUCCUGUUGGAAAAUGAGAUGAGGUGCAUUGAUUAACAUUUCUUCAACUUUAAGGUUUAGCUUAGGUUGUCCAUGGCUGUAAAUAUAGGCUAGAUACAUUGAGAAGUGUAAACUAGCAGGGGAAGAUGUUAUCCGCGGCCAACGAAGAUUUCAGGGUGAAGUUUCCACUACAUUCCUUAGUCUGGGAAAAUGAUUACAGGAAAUUGGAAAACGACUCAACAAAGGAGAUUGAAAAUACAAGCGGCAGAACCUACCGGUGCUGCAAAAAGUUGGGUAAACAACACUUUCCUGUGUAUACCCUAUCUCCACCUCCUAACUUCAAAAGGACCAACAGCAUGUACAACCGGUAAAAACGACGUAGAGGCUGUGGAUCCCAGGGGAAGGACACCGCUCCACCUGGCUGUGUCGCUGGGCCACCUGGAGUCGGUGAGAGUGCUUCUGAGAAAUGGCGCUGAAGUUACCAAAGAGAAUGCCAAGAAUUGGACAGUGCUGCAGGAGGCAGUCAGCACCGGCGACCCAGAGAUGGUUCAGCUAGUGCUCCAGCGGCGAGACUACCUCAAAGCCUCUACAGCUCUGGGAGGAGUGCCUGAGCUUCUGAGCAAGAUCCGUGAGUCCCAAGAUUUCUACAUGGAAAUGAAAUGGGAGUUCACAAGUUGGAUCCCUCUCGUUUCCCGGGUUUGUCCCAGUGACGUGUGUCGGAUCUGGAAGAGUGGGGCCAGCCUGCGUGUGGACGCCACUCUGCUAGGCUUCGAGAACAUGACCUGGAUCAGAGGUCGUCGGAGCUACAUUUUCAGGGGAGAUGAUGUCUGCACAGAGUUGAUGGAGGUGAACCAUGACGAACAGGUGGUGGACACGGAACGCUUUGACAUCUCCAGGGAGAUAGAAGACGUAACGCUGGACUCCAUGCAACCUGCAGAACAGGAAGUGGCCAAGCGGCUGACCACGCCCAUUGUCAAUACCUUUCUGGACACCAGGGACAUUGCUUUUGAGAGAAAUAAAUCUGGGAUUUGGGGUUGGAGGAGUGACAAAACGGAAGUUGUCAAUGGUUUCGAGGCGAAGGUUUUCACUGUGAACAAUGUAAACGUGGUGAUCCGGACGAGGACAGAGCAUCUCACCGAUGAGGAGAAGGCUAGAAUAAAAAGUGAGAGGAAUGUUCUGGAGUCUCUUCUGGGCACAGUGGAGCAGCAGAUAAGUGCUCAAGGGGACCUCACUCUGGAGUACGCGACAGCCAACAACCCCACCGCCAUCACACCAGAGGAGUACUUUGACCCUGCGUUUGACCUUGAAGACCGAGACAUUGGCCGGCCCAUUGAACUUACCAUCCGAACCCAGAAGUUCAAGGGUACAUUGUGGAUGAGCGAGGAACACCCCCUCUCCCUGGUGGAGCAGGUCACCCCCAUCAUCGAUCUCAUGGCCCGGACCAGUACCCACUUCGCCCGGCUGCGGGAUUUUGUCACCCUCAAGUUCCCUCCGGGGUUCCCUGUAAAAAUAGAGAUUCCCCUAUUCCAUGUGCUCAACGCCCGCAUUUCAUUUGGCAGUGUCAACAAAUGCAGUACGGGCGAACCCUUGGAGACACCCCCCUCCGCUGCCACACCCGAGGAGGAGGAGGAGGAGGAGGAGGAGGUGAGGGAGGAGGGAGGCUGCGGCGAAGCUGCAGUUCCCCCUCUAUUCCAGGUGUGCCCGUCGGUGUUUGAGGUGCCCUCACAUUACCGCCACCGAGGAGGGGGUGGCAGCCGCCACACGCCGGUGUCAAAUCAUGACGAGGAGCUACUGCAGUAUGCUAUCCACCAGAGUCUGCUGGAGUCCGGUGGGGGAGCCCCGGGACAGGAAGUGACCUGGGAGGAUGCCAAUGGUGACCUCACAGACCCCAUACUCAGUAGCCAGAGUGACGGGUACACCAAAAGCAUCCCAGAGGGGGUGCUGGUGGACUUGGGAGACACCACGUCGAGUCAGGCGAGCUCGGGCACCUCGGCCUCCAGCCCCGACACUGACCUCCGCAUGGCCAUGGAGCUGUCGGCCCGGGCCCAGGCCGAGGAGGAGAGGAGGAGGAAGGAGGAAGAGGAGGAGCUGGAGAGGAUAUUGCAGCUCUCGCUCACAGAGAAGUAAAAAAAGGAAAAUAGGAGGGAAAGAAUAAUAAUUAAGGCCACGCCUUGCCAUAACUGCAUUAACUUUUCGUUGAUCAAGAAGCGGCCACCACCACACCCCCAAUCCAGCCCCACCCCACCCUCCUUCACUACAAUCUGCCAUGACACCGGAAAAACAUCCAUGUAACAUAUGUCAAAUAAAACCAUCUGUAUUUAAUACUUUAAUACCUAUUUUUGGUUUAAAAAAAAAAACCGAACAGAUGUAUUGCUAGAUUUGUAUUUCUAUAUAACACUUAGGCUCUGUCUUAAAAGUGUAGAAGCUGUCAAAUCCUUGAUUCCUCCUGUCCUUUUAAAACAGAGCCAAAGCCACUCCGCUCUCCCGAAGAGGUAUCCAGGUAUUCUUUGAUAUUAUUUUGGGAAGGAUUUCCAUUGGAGUGUAAGGGUUCCAACAAGUGAUUGUGUUUGUUGGGUGUUGUGAAGAUCAGGUUAAACUUGGGACCGACCGGUAGCUGCUUUAGUUGUGACUCUGGAAGGUUGUUGUUUUUAGAGCCCUGGGUCAAUUUCAUUAGGCACCAAAUGGACGGGAGCAGAAUGAAACCGGGAGGGGCUACCUGCACAUUUUCAGUUUCCUGUUGCAAAAAGUUUUUAAAACAUGUUUUAUUUUUUUAUUAAGAUGACCCUGGAAAUGGCAUUCCAGUCACACAGCCAUUCGAAAGAUUGAAUAUCUCAGGGUUCCAUUGUCCUACAGUCCCUCUGAAACUAGUGAAAGUGCAGUAUGUUAGUUUAUUGUAGACACAUCGAACAUGGUUUUCUGGUCAUCGAUAUGGAUUUUUUUUCUACUUUGAACAGAAUGUCAUCAAACAAUAUGACUUGCUGGUGCUUCCAACCCUUUUUCCUUCUCGUGCUGCAAGAAUUCAUGUUUUGUAUUCGUGUUGUCAUUGUCACAAUGUUAAAAUGAAAGUGAGCUACAUGAUCAUUCAAACAGGUUUUGACUUGCCCCAGAAACCAGGUUUUAUUCAAUUGGGCUAAGGGCUUGUUAUGCAAGAGGGUUUGAUCUUGUUGGCCAUGGUCACUGGGCACCAUCAAGCAUCAGAACCUCAACAAAGCAAUAGCAGAAGCCACUGUGCCUACCUGUGGAUGUCAAAGGAGCAUACACACGGUUCAGUGGUGCUCGCAAACAAACAAGGUCGAAAACAUUGAUUAUCGUAGGCAUUGUCUAACACUUUCCUUUCUUAAAUGUCAAAGAAUCUGUCCAUUAGACUUCAAACUCAACAGGGUUCUAAGGACUCCUGUUAGG